AUGCAGGGGCUGGGCGUGAGCAGUGCUGCAAGCACCAGGAAGACCCCAAUUUCACAUCUCGCCCCACAAUCCAACGAAAAUCGCAACCGCGUGUUCGUAGAUGGCACCUUCGGUCGUGGCGGCCACACGCGUGCCCUACUCGAGAGGGACAGGGCGUGUAGGGUGAUCGCUAUCGACUGCGACAAGGCGGCGUUCGAGGGCGAGGAGCAACGACGACUGAUCGCAGAACACCAGGACCGCCUCAUUCCCGUGCAAGGUAGGUUUGGAGACCUGGCCAACCUCGUGGCGCAGGCGAACGUGUCGGAGAAGAAGCAGGUCGACGGGAUUCUGCUGGACUUGGGCGUGUCUUCGCCACAACUCGACACAGCCGACCGCGGCUUCUCCUUCCGCUACGACUUGAACGGACCGUUGGAUAUGCGGAUGGAUCAAAGCCCGAACAGCUUGACGGCCGCCUACGUUGUUAACAACGUGGCCGAGGAGGAGAUCGCCCGCAUCAUAUGGAUGUACGGAGAAGAGCGACAAUCGAGGCAGAUUGCGAAGGCCAUUUGUCGCUACCGUCGGGAGCGAAGGAUCGACACGACGACCCAGCUGGCCGACAUCGUGCGACGGUGCCUCGAUGCUCCUCCUUCGUCGGGCGGCGGGCGGCGGUCCGGCGGCAGCAAGCGAGGCGACAAGUCGAUCGACCCCGCCACCCGCACCUUCCAGGCGCUUCGCAUCUUCGUCAACGAUGAGAUCAAGCAGCUGCAGCAGGCGUUGGCGGGUGCGGAGGCGGUGCUGGCGCCGGGCGGUCGUCUGGCGGUGAUCUCGUUCCACUCGCUCGAGGACCGCGAGGUGAAGAACUUCAUGCAACACUGCGCCGGCCGCAAGAAGGCAGUACUCGAACCGCAGCACGCCGGCUGGGAGCGCGACCAUGUCGACGAAGACGACGAUGGUGAUGAAGAAGAAGACGAGAAAAGGAACCGAGACGACGACGGUGAGGAGGGCGAUGAGAGCGAUGACGAGGCCGACGAGCUGUUCCUGCCCUCGUUCAGGGUGGUGGGCAAAGGUGGUAAGUUCGUGGCGCCGUCGGAUGCUGAGAUAAAUCAGAUGUGGGGCCAGGGUGGAGCGAUGCAACGGCAGAGCAUGGUGGAAGGCGACGAGGCCGAGCCAGCCGAGAUGGAGCAGGAGCAGGAGAUUUUCUUUGAGCUGGAAGAUGCCGCCGACACCUUUGUGGUCCCCACGCAGCCGGCAGGAUCGAUGGCGAGGAGGUCGUCUGGCAGCACCUCUUCGUCGAGGAUGCGAACUAUGUCGACCACCGACGCGUCGUCAUCUUCUGUGCAGCAGCAGAGGCAGCGAAUCGAUUUGCGGCUCGCCUACCUGGACCUCCCGCACGCCACUUCGGCAUCUUCAUCUUCUUCACCUCCACCUGCACAGUCCCAGCACCAGCACCACCACCAACGUAGCCCCUCCAUGCCAGCAGCAGCCUUCUCCUCUUCUACUCAACCAUCUUCGUUUCUUCAUUCUUCAUCUCUGCCCGCCGCUACUUCCAUCUUUUCCUUCGCCCCUUCUACUUCCUCAUCUUCAUCUUCUUCGCCCUUCCACAACCCCUUCGGCGUGGGCCUCCCUGCGCCCUCACCGCCUUCACCAUCACCUUCACCGUUUGCCACCACGACCACCACCUUCUUCACCCCUCUGUCGUCCAUGCCCUCGUCUCUCUUUCCUCUUCAUCAACAAACCGCACCACUACCAUCAUCAUCAUCAUCAACACCAUCAUCGUCCACGCCGUCGUCGUCUUCGACGCUGUCGUCGCUCUUCGGCGUCAACCCGAUGCACAACACAACAACGACCACUUCGACGUCGACGCAGCAGACCACGAAGAAGAAGCGGAAGCACCGGAUUCGAAGCGCGUCGAUGAACAGCACAACAUCGUCGUCUUCUUCUUCUUCAUCAUCGUCUUCUUCAUCAUCGAAUCGACCGUCAUCGACGCUGCACGACCUUGACGGAGAAGACGCCAUGGACGAAGAAGAAGGCGCGCGCGGGCGUCUUCGAGAUGGCGACGAGGACGACCAGGGCGACUACUACGACUCACACGACGACGAUGAAGACGACGAUAACGACGACAACGAUGAAGAGGAGGCCGCGGCCUUCGUGGGCGGGCGGUCGGAGCGUGAGGCCCUGCGCGUCAUGGCCAAGCGCAUGCGGCUCAUGCAGCCCUUUGCCGACCGCCACCACCAACGCGGCGACGGCGACGGCGACGGCGACAACGUCGAAGCCAUGGCCGCAGCCGACGACGCCGACGCCGACGCCGACCACCGCAGGCCGCGGCGGGCUUCGGCCCUGACGCGGACCAGAGCCAACCCGAACCGGGCGAGCCUGCACGACGGUGGCGGCGGCAAGGGCAAGGAGUGGGUGACCGACCACGACAACGACCACGAUGAGCUGGACGUGGACGACGACGGAGUGGACGACGACGAGGAGGAGCUGUACGUGCGGGUGAAGACGCUGACGGGCAAGGUGCUGCAGGUGGCGGGCCUGCGGCGCGGGACGACGGUGGCCGAGGUCAAGCAGCGGCUCGAGGAGACGGCGGGCAUCCCGAGCCACCAGCAGCGCCUGGUCUACCGCGGCAAGCAGAUGGCCGACGCCCGCACCCUGGCCCACUACGCCGUCGGCCCCAACGCCAUCCUCUACAUGGUCCUCGCCCUACGCGGCUGA